CUAUUGACACCAGACUGCUGGAGUCAUCAGGGUCGCGUCUGUUUCGACGUCGAUAAUUGUGUCGAAUUCUAGACGUCGUAAUGGUGCAAUCAGUUUGACGCAAUAAUGCCUUGGUCCCGGGAAACCACGUAUCAUGGAAACAGUUCUCGGAAGAAGAAUCGCCUAGCAACGAAAUGGUGGAUUGUGUACCUCUUCAGCAGUCAAGUUCUCGCAAGUUUUAAUGACACUGGUCCAAGCAGCAACCUUGUGGUGACAGCAGGAGGGUCACUUGAUGACCCGUCUACCUUCUUCUUGGGCUACAGUAACGACCCUUGGGGCACAUCCUCCAUGUUGCUGGAGGCAGAGACCCAGUUCUUGCAAGAGUUGGAUGCCAGUCACACUGCGAAGCGCAGCAAGAGAGGUGUGCUUCACUUGUACAACAUGGUGCUGUGUGCUACGGGCUGCGAUCCACUGGCCUUCAAGGGCUACGGAUGCUACUGUGGGUUCCUGGGUUCCGGCUACACAGUCGACGGUAUUGACAGAUGCUGCAAGAUGCACGACUGGUGCUACCACACGGCCAGCUGUCCCAUGUACCUGGAAUACUUCGUACCUUACCUCUGGAAGUGCUACCGACGUCGUCCGCUCUGUGCACUUGAGCAGGAUACAUGGAGUGACUGGGGAAUAUGUGCGCAGAGGCUGUGCGAGUGUGAUCGUCAACUGGCUGAGUGUCUGCGUAGGUACCCAUGUCCCAGAACCAAAGCUGUCUGCACCUCUUCACCAUGGAGAUUGCUGCAGAAUGUGUUCAUGCUGUAACAGUGAAGUCGCUGUCUGUGACAGUCAUGGUGAAAAUAUGUGAUAACAUUUUCAUCAUUAAGUACUUAAUAGGAAUACCAUGUUUUCAUAUUUGUUCCUGCUUAAGAAUUAUGGUAUCUUUAAUCCUACAAAGCAUGAAAUUCAACUAAAUAAUAUUCACAAAUUCAGUUCCUACCUCACAUGAAACAUGGUGGUUCUCUGAUUGCAAAGGUCAACUGAUUAAAACUGUAUGCAGAAAUAAGCUCUGUUUAUUGUAAGAAUCACACUAAACCCACAGAUAUGUACAUUACAAAUAUAAUGCAAAGUUUCUUAAUGCUAAAGCAGGAGGUACACACAGUAACCACUGCACUUUGAAGAAUUAAAAAAGCUAACAGCAAGUAAAACAGUGAAAAUAGAGAGAAUGUUCUUAAGAAAAUGGAUUUCAAACAAGUAACAAUGAACAUGUUUUGCUACCCAUUGAAAGAAAGGUAUAAGCAUUUUUUUUUUUGGUAAAAACUAUUCCUUGGUGGGAAAGCUGGAAGGAAGGAGACCACUGGGAAGAC